AGCGGUUGCAGGGUCCGAACGUGCAACUCCGGUGCAGCCAUGGGGCAAGCGGGGCAACAGCGAAGCAAGCAGAAGAAGAUCUGCAAUAAGAAGGUCAAGAAAGUGAAGUCCACUGUCGAGAAGAAGACUCCGAAGCUGCGAAAGAAGAUCGAGCCGGGCUCCGUGCUGAUUCUGCUGGCCAGCAAAUUCCGUGGUCGCCGAGUGGUCUUCCUGAAGCAGCUGGAGAGUGGCUUGCUCUUGGUCACCGGCCCUUAUGCGCUCAAUGGGGUGCCUUUGAAGCGGGUGAACCAGCGCUACUGCAUCGCCACCAGUACCAAGGUGGACCUGGGAGGUGCUGAUGCCAAGUCCAUUAGCGACGCCUACUUCGCACGGGAGAAGGCGAAGAAGGGCGCCAUGACCCAAGAGAAGUUCUUCGCCACGGAGGCGCCCAAGAAGGUCCUCCCCCAAGAGAAGAAGGAUGGACAAAAGAAGUUGGAUGAGUCCAUCAUCAAGGGCCUCAAGGACGACAUGAAGAGCUACUUGAAGUCGCGCUUCUCCCUGUCCGCGCGAACCUUCCCCCACGAGAUGAAGUUCUGAUGGAAGUCCCGUUGGGCAUUCGUUGGGCAUCUUUCUUGGAAGUGAGUGCACGGCGGAAGUGGCAGAGAAACGGAGCGGCGAGCAGCCAGUUUAGCUUGAGGUUGAUGUGAGAGAUCCAUAUUUUACAAUAUGAAUCUACAUAAAUGGACCUGAUCAUUC